UAUCUCUGUAUUUAAAAGAUUUUCUUUUGUUUUCCAUUUAUACAUUUGAAUUCUUAAAAACUUUAACAAUAAAUGUACAGUAUAUCAUUUUAUCUUCAUAUAUAGAAUGAUCCAUAUACAAAAAUGACAAAUAUCCUUUAUUGAUCAGUUUAGUGAGAUUCGGAUUCAGGAGUCACAAGUUAAUUGUGUGUGCCUUGACAAAGUGCAGGAUUAACAGAUUGUAAAAGUGGUGGCUGGUCCCUGUUUUCUUCUCUGUAAAUAUUUCAUGGAAUGUCUCCAAAACUACAUUGACUAUGUCCACUGGAGGAGGAGUGAAAUGUAAAAGGCAAAAGGGGAUGAAAUAAGCAGCUAGCUCAGUCAGGCUGAGAAUAUCUGCAUCGACCCCUCCCUUUAUUUCUCUCUCAUGCUCUCUCGCUCUUUGUUGCUCUCUCUUUCGCCCUCACAGUAGCACCUAUUCAUUUCUUCUCUCUCUCUCAUUCCCUGUCUGGCCCACCCUCAUUUAUGGAAACCGCUCACUUAAAACUUAGAGGCGAUUUGAUUGGGUAUCUUUUUUAUUUCUUGGGCACUCAGCAAAGUCUCUUUCAGACACACACCCAGCAACACACACUAUCUGGAUAGAGUCCUACAGUUUGUGGUUGCCUCUUUGAAUUUCCUGGACCAUUUACUCUGAGUGUCUCCGCGGUCUGACUGUGAGGAUUUCCCUGUCAGUUACGGCUCAAAAGAUUCCAUCCUCAGCCACAAAAACAGCUGGAGAAAGCAGAAAGGAAAAAACGGAAGAGAGAGGCUUGGUACAGACAGGAGCAGCACUGGCAGCAGUGAUAGGAAGCAGGUGACCUCGGCCCUAAACGGAAGAACAGCCAUGCGCUGCUCCACGGUGCUGUGUAUCCUGACAGCUGUGCUGGGCUACCUGGUCAUGGGAGCACUGGUGUUCCACUACCUAGAGGCCCCGUAUGAGAAAGGAAUCCACAUCCAACUUCUGGAAGCCCGGCGGGAAUUCCUGGACAAUUAUACUUGUGUGAGCCCUGAUAUGCUCCAAGCCCUGAUAGAGAAGGUUACAGAUGCCAUUGGGGACGGGGUCGACCCAAAGAACAAUGACACGUUCAGCAGCAGCUGGGACCUUGCCAGUGCUUUCUUCUUCUCUGGCACUAUCAUCACCACCAUUGGUUAUGGGAACAUCUCCCCAAAAACAGAGUGGGGAAAGCUGUUCUGUAUCUGCUAUGCCCUGGUGGGGAUCCCCAUGUUUGGGUUCCUGCUAGCUGGAGUAGGGGACCAUUUAGGAACUGGGCUGAGGAAAGCUAUUGCUAAGAUAGAGAAGCUCUUUCUGAAGUGGAGAGUGAGUGCCACUAUUGUUCGUAUCAUCUCUGCUGUACUGUCUAUCCUGCUGGGCUGUAUACUCUUUGUCUUUGUGCCCACGCUGGUCUUCCAGGAGGUGGAGAGAUGGUCCUUGUUGGAAUCUGCCUACUUUGUAGUCAUCACUCUCACCACUGUGGGCUUUGGGGACUAUGUAGCAGGUGAUGGAGGAGCUAAGGGCACAGACCACUGGUAUAAACCUCUGGUGUGGUUCUGGAUCUUACUUGGAUUGGCUUACUUUGCCUCCAUCCUCACCAUGAUUGGGAACUGGCUACGAGUCCUUUCCAGAAAAACGCGUGCUGAAAUGGAAGAGCUCAGAGCACAUGCCACUGACUGGACCCAGAACAUCCAGAACAUGUCUGUGGACUUCCGCAUUGCUGGCAAACUGGAUGACCCAUUUAAGCGCAGACGGCGAAAACGUCGCCAUGGCCAGCGCAGUCAUGGAACCAGCCAAAGUGUUCCAGGCAAUAACGGACCAGGAGAAACCAGGAGACGAGAGAACGGAUAUUAUGAUGACCAAUCUGAAUCUGGGUCCUCUUCAUACUCAUAUACAUCCAAUGAAUCAGACUCGGAAUCUGAGACAAGCUCAGAGGCAACUCAGACGGAGCAAGUGCCAGACAUGAUCGGUAGGAAAGAAAUAACAGACCCCACAUUCUCACAACCACUGGAUUACUUUGGAGAAAAUCUAGCCUAUAUUGAUGAGUCCUCAGAUGCUGUUAGCGGCAAGCUUCACGUGGACCCACUCCUGGACAGGCAUGACUCCAAAACGGCUGCAAUGCACAAGGCUAAGAGGAGACGUCCCAGGAGACCAGCAGGAAAGAAAACACCCAAAACUAGCCCCUCUAAGCAGCAGCACACAGCGCCCAAUGGAGGAAUUCUAAUAACACCACCUAAUAACACCCCACCUGCUUCACCACAGCCUUAAUGUGUCCAAUGUGAGGGAAAAGUGCUCCCUCAGAAGUGCAUUUUAGGGUUGGUUGGAAAGACUUCACUAGUUUAUGCUUCCCUUAUGGUGAAUGUCUUCAUGCCUGAUUUAGCACAAGAAUGAGAGAAGCAGAAUUAGACUAUUUUUUGGUCAGCAUGUGACUUAGGUGGGAGAUCAGUCAUCACGUGUGCUUACAGACACCUAAACAAAGCUCUUAGCUCCAUCUGCUGGCUAUUCUUGGAGCUGCAGCUGGAUUGCCUGUGUGAUUCGUUAGAGCAAAUUCAGCUCUUGUCAUGGUGGCCUUCAGCCUGCUUUAGUGCUCUUUACAAUAAUUUCUUAAUUAAAACGACCUGACUGUAAUACACACCCAAACAUUCUCUGACUUUACAUUCUGAUGCCUUUUAUUGACCCAGGAGUUCGGCCCUUGUGCCUUUUAUGCCCCCCCAUUUGAUCAUUUUUAAAAUGGACCCAGGAAAAGAUGGCUACAUUUAUCAGCGAUUACAUUUUGAAACUCGUUUUAAAAUGAAUCUAAAUAUUGUGUGUGUAUCUGACAGUGAGUCCGUUUGUAUAUACGUUACUGAGGUUAUUGAUUUAUUGGCAUUUUUGUUUAACCCCAUAAACACAGGGUUUCUGCUUUUAUUAUUUUUUAUUAUCUAUGCACUUAAUAUGCUAGUUGUAAGUUUUGCCCACUGAAAUUGUCUGUAGUUAUGAAUAGAAGGCUCCUAAAAUGUGAUCUAAAAAACAAAAACAAAUAAUCAAUAAGAACAGAUUACAUAAAUCAUUUUACAUGAUCACGUCUUAUUGUGCACAUUCAGAAGCCAACAUCAUUGAUGAAGAAGUAUGCAAGCUUCCAUGGUAACAGGUGACUAGAGUUUAUGUAGAGCCACUGUUUGGAGGUGUGCGAAAAAAAAGCAGUAAAAUUCAAUAGGUGUUAGAGGAAACAUGGUUAAAGCUUUCAAAGGGAUUUCUUGUGCAUCUAUCAGCCCACAGAGGACACAAGGGGGAGGGGGGGAAUGCUACACUUCACUGAAAACCUCUUCAGUAAAUAGAUAACUGUUGGAUCCUUUGGAGUAUGUACACAAUAUGUUGCUUGUACAAAAUAAACUGCAAAUGUCAUACCAACAGCAAACCCUCAUUUCAGCACGGCAAGCUGCACUUCGGAGAGAGGCACUGUACCAUGACAGACCCUGAGCACUGACUGCAUCUGGGAAAUACAAAGACAAAAAAUUUACUGUAUAAAUGUGUAAAUGUAUAAUGACAGUAAAGUCUGUCUUUCUUUCUGUCUUUUCUUUACCAUGGCACUGUUUAAGUCUUGAUUCUGUUUGGUCAGUAAGCACUGAUUAAUUUCUACAAUUCACAGGUUCAGAUUAAUCGACUCAUUCUAAUAUGCUAUCAUUUCUAUAGUAACAACUUACGCAGGGGCUUUCAUGGUGGAUGCUUGACAAAAACCAUUAAAAACAGGUACUGAUAUGGUUUUUCUGAGGAGAUUUUCUGUGUUUAUGUUUUUGGAAGGAGUCUCCAGUGUCAGUGAAUUGUAACAUUAAGAGGUAAAGCUGUAACUUUAAGGUGUAUAACAAGACUUCAGGACAGAGGACUUUCAAAGCAGUUUCUCUGUGUCAGGACUGGUUGAGGUGUUUUUUGUCUUAUUAACUUCAAAAAAAUAAAAAAAGAGUGGCUAGUGAGGGAAUGACUGUUUAUAGUGACUGUUAUAACUUAAGUUAUAAAGACGUUCCACAGCAUUAUACAACUAUAUACAGAUAAAACGCACAACGUGUUUCAUUCUUAUUUUUAAAAAAAGAAAUAAAAUAUUGUUAGUGCUGGCAAAUUCCUGUUGUAUAAGAGGAAAGGAAGGAGAGGAAAAUAACCCAUGUUAGGGUGGUAACACAUCACACUGUCAUGGUUGUGCUGAAUACGGCUCAGAACUACACUACCCAGCAGCCCCAGCAUGUCACAUGACCAUGUCACAUGUUUCACUGAUCUCACAUACCUAUUUUGUGUUAUUCCUAAUAAGCGCCCCAUUUAAGUUCUGGUUUCUGUGUUUUUCAUUGUCAAGCUUUUGUUGUUGUAUUCGUGUGUUGUCGUUUCUGCCACAGUAUCACUCAUAGUUUGUAUGUUUUUUGCUUCGUUCAUGUUCAUGUGUAUUGUCCUUUUUUUCAGGUCCUCGUUUUUUUUUUUAGGACUUUACUUAAUAAUUAUCUGCACUUGCAUCCAUCUUUGUCUCCCAAACCUGACACAUACCACCCUGACAUUGAUUACUUUCCUAUAACAGCAUGCUCUACUGUUUUAUUCCUUACUUAUACUUGACUCAUACUUAUACUAUGACAAUAAUCAUUAGAUCACCUUAGGAGCCAUAUAUGCAGAAAUCCAUAUAAUUCCAAAGGCUUCAUGAACAUUUACCUCACGACAAAAGAUCUGAAUCUUUAUUUAUUCAUUAAAGUAGACAUUUAUAUGAUGAACUGAAAGAUUAACAAAUUGGAUAGAUUAGUCCAUCAAUAUUUCAUGUUAGAACACAGUAAACCCAUACUGUUGUGCCUCAAUCUCUUUUCUAGCUGUUUAACAUAAAUACAGCAGAAUCGUUGAACUGAGUUGUUGAUUUCAAAAAUUUAAUUUAAUUCAGUGAUUUUUUUUCUAAAAAUGUAUGAAUUCUUUUCAUAAUGUUAAUCAACUUGAAAAUAUGUGCUUCCAGUAUAUAUUCAUGAUACAGAUCAAGCUUGUUGAUCCUCUGAAUGUUGAUUUUUGACUCUUUUUCUGCACUGAGGAGUCAGGAAUGAUAAUGCUUGUGUCCUUCUUGGGUUAGUAAAGCUAGUUUAAAUGGAGAAUCUUGUACUAGACGACUGGUUUGAAGGAGAAUGCACUUUAUCAUCUUUAAACAGCAUGGUUUUAUAUGAGGAAAAACAAGUUUACAAUUUAACUGUCCGUAAUGCAUGACAAAAGUAUAGGUUUGGAUAGUUGGGUUGUUGGUGUCCUUCUUUUGGAAGUUUCUGAUAAAUUAAAAAUAACUUAAUUUUUCAUCAGAAUCCAAAUACCUGCUAAGUGAUCAUAUUUCCUGUAAUAAAAUGUUUUCUCUGAACACAUCUUUU